GGAAAAUAAAGACCUGCCUCUGUUCGCUUGUGUGUUUAUAGAAAAUAACAUUGAAAUUGUUAUUGUUCCGCGCAAAAAGAAACAUUCAUUGAAAUGAAAACAUUUAGAAUUGAAUUGAUUUCAGUAUUGAUACAAAUCUUGUUCGAACACAAACGAGUAACGGUUUACUUUUGAAACAUGAGAAAUUAAAGUGUUGAAUAUAAAGAAAAAAAAACUAAACAAACAAAAAAAUUGUAUUGAGUGAAAGUAUAACAGUUGUCUAAUAGAAGAAGUAAUCAACAACAGAUCGAUAUGUCGAAAUAUGAAACACAACAAAUAUGUCGCGAAUCAACGCCGUUCUUUCAAAAUAAUCAUUUAUAUUAUAAUAAUGAUAGUUAUCGUUUGAUCGACAUGAAUGUAAUUGAACAUGCCUGGAAUACACCCACAUAUUGUGUGGAUACCAAACAACAUCAAAUAACAAAUCAUCAGGAUCAUCAACAUCACCACCAGCAAUUGCAUCAGCCGUCGCCACAGCAACAAACCCAAGACUGUUGUCAACCAACUACCACAACCUGCACGCUAACCGCCAACAUAAAUGCCAGUAAUAACCAUCCUUAUUAUCGAUCACCCAGCAGUUAUUGUCCUGCCUCCUCAUCCGAUUUAGAAGAUGUGGAAAGCCAAUUUCAUGAUAGUUUGUUUACAAAUGACUCACCGAAAUCUCAUACAACUAUUUCUGUUCCUCCAGUGCGUGUUGUAAAGAAACGGAACACGGCAAAUAAAAAGGAACGACGGCGAACGCAGAGCAUCAACAAUGCAUUUUCGUGUUUGCGCGAUAAGAUUCCAAAUGUGCCAUCCGAUACGAAAUUGUCAAAGAUUAAAACCCUUAAAUUAGCCAUACUCUAUAUUAGAUAUCUAGUCGAAGUGCUGGAUGGUGAUCAGGAUCCCAAUAAUGGGUUUCGAGCUGAUCUCAAACCUUUGCAUCGAAAAAAUUCCCAUGAAAAGAGGGCGUAUAUACGCAGUGAAACGGCCAAGGCAGCAAAUCGACAAAGCAAAGGACGCACUGGCUGGCCCCAAGAUGUAUGGGCAUCCGAGUUGAUUCCUGAGCAAGAGUAAAAUGUCGGCCGGUACUUGCACACAAAAAUACCACGAUUUUAAAACAUUUCCCUACAAAAAAAACAACAAACCAAAGAAAAACGACAUAUUGUCUAGUAGCUUAAAUAUUAUUCUAGUUUCAGAGAGGCACAAUUGAGCAAAACUCUCUGUUUAAUAUAAACGAACUGUGUGGAUUCCUUAAUUUAUUAUUCCUUAAAUAAAAUAAAAAAAAUCAAUGGAUUCUAGUUUAACACCUCAAAGCAAACAACCCACGAAACCCACGCGUUGUAAACAAAACAUUUUUUGUUGUGAGCCUUUGUUGUUAAUUGACGUAGGCACUCACCGGUAACGGUGCAUGUAAGUAAGCAACAACAAACAACAAGAGUAAGGCAAAAAUGCAUUGUUGUGUGUGUGCGUGUGUGUAAAUGAAU